CACCAAGAACCGAUCUUGUCCGCGCUAAUCGAGAACGCUGCCUCUGUGGGAGGAAGCGGCGCUUCGCUAACUCAUGUGCAACUUGAUACCCUCCUCAGUUUAAGCCUCGAGGGCGUCAAUGUCGUUGAUAUGGCAAUCCAUCUCGACAACUCCUGGAAGGGACAACAAGAGACUGUCAAGACUUUACUUGCUGCGGGUGCUGAUCCAUGUAGGGGCGGUGGUGAUUACGAGCAUGAUCCCUACGAUGUUGUGGUUCGCGGAGACUUCCUCGACCUUCUCGAGAUUCUGAUAGCCUUUGCCGAACGGAAGGACGUCGACCCGCGAACGAUACUCUCCGACGUGGCACGGUUCAAAGGCAAAACAGCCGUCGAGGUGGCCAUCUGCGCUGCAAGCUGGAGCGUCUUCAGCUACCUGCUAACCGCGAAGUUGGGCUGCCUCAGCGAUGUGUUUGCGUCCGGUGACCAGAAUGCCCUGCACAUCUCCGCCACCAUUGGCGACGUCCGCUUCAUCGACCCGAUCCUCGCUGCCGGCGUUUCUCUCACCCAAUUCACACCAACAGGACAUCGUCCGUUUGAUUUCGCCAUCAUCUCCCGGCAUUACGACUACGCCAGAGCUCUAUACGAGCACUGUUCUCCGACCGACCGGGAAUCGAUCCUCAGCCCAGACGAGCGAGGCUUCCCAACAUUCGGCCGUCUCGUAUACUCAGCCCAAACCACUUAUCGCCACGUCAUAGACAUGGAAGCGAUCCGCCUACUAGAUUCUCUCGGCGCCUUCAGCGUGUACUUCAACGAGAACACUAAGGAUACCCUCAUCCGCGAGCUCGCCCGCACCGCCUACUCCUCUACCCGCCCGAACAGCGCCGCCUUCGACGAUGGCUUGCUGAGGCUCGUCGUAUCUCAAACACCGACAGAGCUGCUCAACCAACGAGACGAGUUCGGCUUCGCCCCGCUGCAUUACAUGGUCAUGAACGCAAACCUUGCCGGUCUAGCACUCAUCCUCGACCACCCUGAUGUCGACAUCAACAUCGUGGUGCAGCCGCUGCCGGACUCAAACGCCGCCGAUGCGUUGGGCUUGCAAGCAGGCAAUACUCCGCUCGACAUCGCGGGCUUGAAGAGACACUCGUCCGACUCUCUCCACGCCGUGGGCGGAGGGGCCCGUGAAGUGGUGGCAUACCGAGCCAACGUGGAAGGCAUCAUUGCUUUGCUGCAAGAGAAACAUGCCAGAGAAGCCCGCGGAUACUUUUUCCGUAUGAUGGUCCAGGAUGCUCUCAUGGUCCCCGAGUCGCUAAGGAUUACCUAUCUGUUUCCCGAGUACGCCGCCCCCGGUACGCUCUGGCGUGGACCACGGAGAUGGGUCGACGAUGGCGAGAAGGCCAGUGUCUGGCCGAUGAGAUUGGGCGGUGGAGUUGAUAAUGUGGCUGAUUUGGCGAUGCGGCGAGGAGAGGGCGAAGUCGACCAUGCUGAACUCGGAAGGUUGGCUUUCAUGCUUUAAAAAAAAAAAAAAA